AUGGCUGCGAACUCCGCCGCCGGUGCGGGCAACCUUGAUCUCGUGACUAAGCUCCAGGGAGCUGGGGCGGGCGGGAGUGCUCUCCAUCUGGCGCUGAGAGCAGGCCAGGACGCACUCGCGCGAGAUCUGUUGAGGCUGGGAGCUCCCACGAAGGCGAAAAGCAGCAACGGCGACACACCUCUCCACCUUGCUGCCGCCAGUGGCCUCGGCGAUGUCGUGUCCUUGCUUCUUCGUGACGGGGCUGAAGUGGAUGUGCUAGACAGCAAGGGCCGGGCGCCAAUUCAUCUCUCAGCGAAGCGUGGAUCUCCAUCUGCCGUUGAAGCUCUGUUGGCGGCCGGUGGAGACCCGAGCUUGCGGUGCGGGAAGGACGAGGCGUUUUCGACGUUGGGUCUGGCUGCUAGAGGUGGGCAUGUUGAGGUCAUGCAAGCGUUGAUUCGGCACGGAGCGGACGUGAAUGCCCCUGACUCGAACGGCUGCACGGCCUUGCACACUGACUCGAACGGCUGCACGACCUUGCACUCGGCUGCGAUCGGGGAUAAGGUGGGAGCCAUAGAUACACUCAUCGAAGCUGGGGCAAAUAUCAACGUUCAGGGUGGCAAGUAUGAUGACGCACGGUCCACACCUCUGCACAUGGCGAGCAAGAAGGGUUCAUCCGAAGCCGCAUUGUCGCUUGUGAAACACAGAGCGGACGUGCACAGGUUAAAAGGCUAUGAGCGCUACUCCGCCCUUCGCCUGGCAGCUUGCAGUGGCCACAUCGCGAUCGUGAAAACGCUCCUGGCCGCAGGUGCGAACGUCAAUCUUCGUCCCGCAGCCUUAUGCGAGUCAGCGUUGGACUCAGCGCGUUCGGGAGGGAACGCCAACGUCGUGACGACCUUGAUCCAGCACGGAGCGAUAGUCGAUGCUACAGACUCACGUGGGCGCACGGCCCUGUUCAACGUCAGCCGGGAAAACACCGUGGCUGUGAUCGACAAGCUUGUGGCAGCCUGGGCUUCUGUCAACGGCAUAGUGGACCAUUACGGUAGAACACCCCUCCAUCACGCAUGCUUGGAUGAUUACCCUGGAGCUGUUGUCUCGAUGUUGCGGCACGGGGCUCGUGUCGAGGUGAAAGCUAAUAAUGGUGAGACACCUCUUCAUGCGGCAUCCGCGUCGGGAUGCUCCGAAGGGAUUCGCGCGCUUGUACAGCAUGGGGCAGAUAUCAACACGAUUACCGCCGAAGGCCUCACGCCGCUCUCCUUGGCUGCCGAGAACAACUGGGAUGGCUCUACGAAACUCUUGUUGGACGCUGGGGCAGACGUCAACGCUCCCGCUAGAAUCACCGAUGAAUCACAGGCUCUAUCCUUAGCCGCCUCUCGCGGGUGCGUGGACGCCAUAAAAGUCUUGAUCCAGCACGGAGCGGACGCAAACGCAAGGGACACGGAUGGGUAUUCCGCUCUAAACCAUGCCGCUUUGAGCUACCAGGUUGACGCUAUCGAUGCUCUCGUCUCGGCCGGGGCUAUCAUCGACGCACAGGAGAAUCAUAUGAGUGCACCUCUAGCCAUCGCGUUUCGAUCGGCUUUUCAUGGUGGCAAGAAGAAGGACAACCGUGGUUCUGAGGGGUUCGCAGCUAUGAUCGCCUUGUUGAAGCACGGGGCCGACCCCAACGUCCGGAAUGUACAAGAAGGAUGCACUGCGCUGCAUGCAACCCGACACCACCCCGAAGCGCUGUCAGCACUACUUCGGAGCGGGGCGGAUAUGGAAGCGCAAGAUUCUAUGGGUCAGACCGCGGUGCACGAGGCUGCCGAGAGCGGGAACGUGCUCUGUAUCGAUGUCCUCGUCAGUGCCGCAGCCGUCACAGAUGUGAAAGACAUGAGAGGUUGCACGCCUUUUCACAUCGCCGCUUGGAACCGUCAUCGAACCGCCACGUUGGCCCUCCUACGAACCGGUGCAGAUAUUGCUUCGGUGGACAACGACGGUCGCUCAUCGUUGCACCUAGCGGUGACUGACAGGCUUUGA